AUGAAACGUGCCGGCGAAGAAGCUGGUGCGGAUUCAAACACCGUGUCGCCAAAACCAAAACGGCGUAAAGCCAGUCAGGCCUGUGCUUCCUGCAGGCGACACAAAACGCGCUGCGAACUUCCCGAUGAUAUUGGCAACAGCUCCGACCAUCGUGUUCAAUUACGCUGUCAUCGCUGCAAUGUCCUAAACGUUGAGUGUUCGUUCAAGACAUCGAACAUCAUCCAUGUCAGAUCAAAGAGUAACAGCGAGUCGACAUCUACAAUUCUCCUUCCAGUAAAUUUGGAUCCUCCCGUGGUGUUUGUCUCAACGCCGGACAUACCUCGGGAGCCUCCUUCUUCCGCGCCUGCGGCCAGCACACGAGAUCUGAGGAUCGAAGACCUUCUUCCGCGCCCACAAAGUCCUGUCGGACCUAUAUCAAGUUUUGACUGGACCGCAGCACCUAUGCUAGCGAUCAGAGAGCUCGCGAACUGCAGGGAAUCAGCAGCAACCCAAGCUCGUUCCAGUUCAUCAACCAAUCAGUCCAGCGAUGAAUCUUUAUCCACCAUUUUGACCAGAACACAGAUUACGUGGUUGCUACAGAUUUUCGAAACACGGUACACGCGCUGGGUAUGCCAGCUUCAAACUAUAUCAGAACAAGACGGAGUUCUUGACUUGGUCCGCUGUACGAUUGCUUCCAGACAUCUGGAUCCUAUAACCCAGACUUCCGUGGCUCCCAGAUUAUAUCGAUUAACCGACAAUAUUUUAUUCAAACACCUUUUCCACCCUAUUCCGUCAUUGGAAUCGAUCGGGGCACUCAUCAUUCUAUCUUUAUGGUCCCCACUGCAAUGUCCUGCCCAAGAUAGCCGAUUGCUAGUUGCUUCGGCUAUUAGUAUGGGCAUGAACUUUCGGCUGAAAGAAGCUUCCGCACAUGCGGUCAGACUGCAAGAACAGGGUCUCACAGAUUCUCAGGUUUAUGAAGAAGCCAUCCAAAGGUCUCGCCUGUGGAUUCUCCUUUCGACCACGGAAUCGAUGGUCUGCCUUGGCACCAGGCGUGAUUCACUGUCCUCGCGGUCCGCUUUCGACUAUAGAGUGCUGAGUACCGGUUCCGUUGGCCUCCUUGCCCAAGAAAGGGACCUGAGAAUUAAUAUCCAGGGCAAAUUGAUGGAUCUCGCGGAAAAGGGUAGCAAAAUCACUUUGAAGGGUCCACAAAGUGCCGAAAUUGAAUGCUUUUAUCUGCAAGUCCAGGAUGUUCUGACGCGCAUGGAUUGCCUGUACACGCCUAUGGCGCCUCUUCCCGUCGUGUCUCAGCAUGACCCGUUUGCCUUCCACAUGCUUCUCCUACAGUACCACGGAUCUCGAUUGCUUGUCGCACAACACGCACUCAGGGAAAUGCGCACCGUUAUCUCAGGCUCUAACGCCACACCCAGCCUGACCUGGUUGCGUGCCCAAUAUCACGGCACCUCCAUCGCGAUGUGCCUAGGACGAGACAGUAUCAAAUCGGCGCAAUCCGUUCUCUCCGCGGUGCACUCGGUUGACGCCAACCUUCUGGUUGCUGUCCCCGACAGCAUAUUCACCACCGUCUCGUUCGCGGCGACUUGGCUCGUAGUAGCCAAUUUCUCGAUGCAUCAGUUGAACUGUACGCCGCUAGGAGCCGCAUGUGAUAGGUUGAUAUCUAUGACGGUGGAACUGCUUUCGCGAUUGGCGUUGGGGCCUACGCAUAUUCUUACCCACUACGCGCAUAUUAUCGCGACAUUGGUAGAUCUGUGGGAACGGCAGAGCCAGUUGCCGGUGCCUAGCCUUAAUUGCUCAAGUACUACGCCGACCGAAUCCCCCGCCAGCUUCGAAACUAGUACCUUGCCGUCCCUCACGGAGUGGAGCAGCGCCAAUCUGUCAAACAACUCAAACAUCUUUAUGGAUCCUGAGUUUUGGACGUCCUUCAUGGACAACCUGGACACGACCCAGUCACCGUGGUCGUAG